GCCAGCCCCGCGCGCCGGUCCGGCUCCGCCCCGCUCCUUCCGUCGCUGGCUUCUUCCUUCCUUCCUGCUUUGCCCGCGCGUUUGGCGCUAUGGUACGGAGCCUCCGUUCUUCCCGCACCACAUAAGGACUCCGCAAGCCGCCCCGCGAUGGAAGAGGAUCAGGAGCUGGAGAGGAAGGCAAUAGAAGAACUGCUAAAGGAAGCAAAACGUGGGAAAACCAGAGCAGAAACAAUGGGACCUAUGGGAUGGAUGAAGUGUCCUCUCGCCAGUACAAAUAAGAGAUUCCUAAUUAACACAAUUAAGAACACACUGCCCUCCCAUAAAGAGCAAGACCACGAACAAAAAGAGGGUACUAAGGAAGCUGCCAAAAGCCAGGACCAGAAAGACGUGAACCCCAAGAAGCAGAGAAGCCAUCCCUACAAGCGCAGCCUGCGUGCUCGAGGCUCGGUGGGCUACUCCCCGCCAAGAAAACGGGGCACCCGGGACAAGAGCGACCCACGACCCAGCAGGCACUGAGGCCACCACGCCCAGACGGGGACGUCGGCACAGAGGCGGGCCGGCAGGGUGGACACCUGAGAGCGCUUCCCCCAGUCCUGGUCUCUACAGUGGCUGGUAGUGACCAGACAGUGACUGUCAGCGGUUCACAGAAGCAAGCAUGCAGAAACUUGCUCUGAACAAGUCUUGGCGAGUGUGCGCUCCUUUAGCAGUGUGGUCUGUACCCGUGUCGUUUUCAUCCUGGUUUUUGUAGAAGUUGUUUUAAACCUAGAAUUUAAACUUUUCAAACUGUUAAAACUGGUCCCCGUUUUUUGAUGUGCUACAAUUUGUUUGUUUCUCAAAUAAUAAAAUAGUCGUAAGUUA